GUUUUUUGUCCCACCGGAGGUUCCGUCUCAGCUGAAGGGCAUGACAGUCACAUGAUACAAUGUAGCGUUUCGAUUCUACACAACAUUUAUCAAUUAAUCGACUCUAAUGCUCGCGACCGCGGAUUUUGUGUGUCACUGAUUGGGCUGAAGGACUGAAGCUUCAUCAUGCCUGUGAAUGCCGCUGUGAUUCGAGGAGUGCAGAAGCUGGUGCUGUACGAGACCAGAGCCAGGUAUUUUCUGGUGGGCAGUAAUAACGCUCAGACGAAACACCGCGUCCUGAAGAUCGACCGCACUGAACCGCGAGAUCUGGUCAUUAUUGAUGAUAAGCAUGUUUACAGUCAGCAGGAGGUGCGAGAGCUUCUGGGACGUCUGGAUCUCGGCAAUCGUACUAAGAUCGGGCAGAAGGGAUCCUCCGGUCUUUCCAGAGCCGUUUCUGCCCACGGCAUUGUGGGUUUCGUGCGGUUUCUGGAGGGUUAUUAUAUCGUGUUGAUCACUAAACGCCGCAGGAUGGCGGAUAUCGGCGGCCACUCGAUUUAUAAGAUUGAAGACACCAAUAUGAUCUACAUUCCCAAUGACUCUGUGAGAGUCACACACCCUGAUGAGGCCCGAUAUGUGAGAAUAUUCCAGAACGUGGAUCUGUCCAGUAACUUCUACUUCAGUUACAGCUACGACCUGAGCCACUCGCUGCAGUACAACAUGACGCUGCUGCAGACGCCGUGUGACGCCGGAGAGAGCGAGGAGCUCAACACCAGCGGCAGACAGGACAGCUUUGACAUCUUCGAGGAGGAGGGACUCCCCACUCAAGUGGUCUAUGGUUUGAUUAAUGAACCCUACGCUAAAUAUGUGUGGAACGUGCGUCUGCUGGAGAAGGUCAAGGACAUCGUCCAUCCUGAUUGGCUGCUCUACAUCAUUCACGGAUUCUGCGGCCAAUCCAAGUUGUUGAUCUACGGUCGGCCGGUGCACGUCACACUGAUCGCCCGCCGCUCCAGCCGCUUCGCCGGGACACGCUUCCUCAAGAGAGGAGCCAACUGUGAGGGCGAUGUGGCGAACGAGGUGGAGACGGAGCAGAUCAUCCACGAUGCCUCGGUCAUGUCGCUGACGGCGGGAAGUUUCUCCUCCUGUGUUCAGGUCCGAGGUUCGGUUCCUCUGUACUGGUCCCAGGACAUCUCCACCAUGAUGCCCAAACCACCCAUACGCUUGGACCAGGCCGACCCUUACGCUCAUGUCGCAGCUCUUCACUUCGAUCAGAUGCUGCAGAGGUUUGGAUCGCCCAUCAUCAUCCUCAACCUCGUCAAGAAACGAGAGAAGAGAAAGCAUGAGAAGAUCCUGAGUGAGGAGUUUUAUCCAGCCAUCACCAACCUGAACCAGUUCCUCCCGCCGGAGCACGGCAUUGAGUACAUCGCCUGGGACAUGGCGCGAUACACGAAGAGUAAACUGUGUAACGUGUUGGAUCGCCUCAGUAUGAUCGCUGAGAAUGUGGUCAAGAGGACGGGAUUCUUCGUUAAUCGACCUGACUUUUAUUGCCACACGUUACGUCCUGAUGAAAGGUGGGGAGAUCUCGGAGGGAAGGUCACACCGAAUGGCAGGCUACAGACAGGGGUUUUGAGGACGAACUGUGUGGACUGUCUGGAUCGUACCAACACCGCUCAGUUCAUGGUGGGUAAAUGUGCUCUGGCGUAUCAGCUCUACGCUCUCGGCAUGAUCGACAAACCAAAGCUUCAGUUCGACACGGACUGCGUCAGGUUGUUUGAGGAGCUGUACGAGGAUCACGGCGACACGCUGUCUUUACAGUAUGGAGGAUCUCAGCUGGUGCAUCGGGUGAAGACGUACCGUAAGAUCGCGCCCUGGACGCAACACUCCAAAGACAUCAUGCAGACGCUCUCGCGUUAUUAUAGCAACGCCUUCUCAGAUGCAGACAGACAGGACGCGAUAAACCUGUUCCUGCAGGUCUUCCAGCCGUCCGAGUCGAAGCCUCAUCUCUGGGAACUGCCUACAGAUUUCUACCUUCAUCACAGCGAUACCAUGGUCCUCCCACAACAGCAGCACAGUUACACACACUGGUGGACUGACGGAGUGCUGACGUUCCUGCCGUCACCGUAUGAUGAAGCUCAGUGUGAGAAGAACAGGAGGAAGGUGACGGUGAAGCGUGUGAACCGCUUCGAAGAAAGCAUCGACAUCUACACCGAGUUCUUCAAGCCGUACGAACUCACCUCGUUCGACGACACGUUCAGCAUCGCAAUGACCAACUCCGCAAGGGAGUUCAUGCCGAAGACGUUGGGCCUCGAUCCCAGUCCAUUCACUGUCCGCAAACCAGACGAGAGCGCAAAGUCAGUGCUGGGCAGUAAGUCCAGUAAAGAGGAGGCGGUGUUGCAGAGGAAGACGGCAGCCAGUGCUCCUCCUCCUCCCAGUGAGGAGCAGAUCUCCAGCAGCUCUGAGGAUGACUCAGAGGAAGAGCGUGAGGAGGACGGGACGGCCUCACAGCGCUCCACACCAGUCAGACUGACCGAACCGAGCGACAGCAGCCGCCUGCAUGAGGAUCCUCCUCAGCAGCGUCUGCCGCCGGUCAGAGAGACGUACGGCCUGAACCUGCUGGUCAACCCACCGGAUGAAGACAUCCUCAUAUACCACAGAUUUGCUCAUCUGGGUCAGAACCAGCACAAGGUGGAGAGACGUGAUGAAAUGAAGAAACUAGACGCCGGCCUCAGCCUCGCUCCGGUGUCUCUGUUCCCGUCGGACAGCAUCUAUGAGGUUUCGGCUCCAGAGGUGGACGUCCAGAGCCGCGCGGUCUUCGAGUGUCACGUUCAGACGGGUCGAGGCUGGGUCAGGACUCUCUGUCAUGAUGACGUGCUCAUGUACCGCGAGUACAUCAAGAACAGAUACAUGUGAAUGUCUCCAAACCAAACAGAUUCACCGAUGGAAAAUAUUCACUUUUGAAUUACUACAGUCUUUUCACCAUCAAAAAUAUACGACAUUCCUUUUCCUUAUAAAAGCAAUGCAGGAGUGUUCAUGAAGAACAGACGUCACUGUGGCUUUAAGAGAUUGUGUGGCAUGCAACAAAUCGUUUCGUAGAUGAGCUUCUCAUUAAGUUGUGCCUGAUGUUGACAUGAUGUAUGAAGUUACAUGUGUAAAGAAUGGAAUAAAAUAUCAGGAGUGUUUUCAUGUUCA